AGAUAUUGACAACUAACCGAUUUUACAGCAAAAUUCCUCUGAUGAUGUGAUUUUGCCGAUUUUUGCAAUACUGUUUUUUCCCUUUAAUUACAGCGAAAGUGCAGAUAGUCCCGUUAUCUCUAGAUCAGUGAAACUAAAUCAUAAACACAUCACAAAAUUCAACGCUAGCGCAUAGCUAGGUGCAUAGCAGUUGCGAGUGUAUUCAUAUAGUGAUGGUUUUGGAUAACACCAUCAAUCAAUCAGUCUCAAAGAUGUCGGAAAUAAUCCAAAACGCACCAAGUUCCGCCUCAUCGGAUAGCGACUCAACCGAACAGAAGGAAUCGAUGGAAGAUCCGUUCACGCCUACCGGAAUGAUAGAGUGUGAUAUUCCGAAGUCUGGAGAAGUGAUGACCGAAUGUUGCCCGGCGUCGCCAACAACUGUUCCUGCCAAAUCAAACCGUUCGAAUUCGUCUGGCUCUCAGAUCCGGUCACCAAAACCUCGCCGCCAGCGAACCACAUCGGUUAAUCAGAAUACAAUCAACUCGAAUGAAGCGAUAAUAAGGUCCAAUAAUCGGACAAUUUAUACAGCAGGCACCCCGUGGUACAAUUGUGCCGGUCAACAAGUUGAACCUUUCGUAAUAGGAAUAUGUGGUGGAAGCGCCUCAGGAAAAACUACCGUUGCACAAAAGAUAAUCGAGAGCUUGGAUGUUCCAUGGGUUACACUGUUAUCGAUGGAUUGCUUCUACAAAAUCCUCAAUCAGAAACAGCACGAGCAGGCCAUACGCAAUGAGUAUAACUUUGAUCAUCCGGAUGCGUUCGAUAUUGAGCUGAUGAAAGAUGUUCUGCAGCGCCUCAAAGAAGGCCGCAAGGUUGAAGUUCCAGUUUAUAAUUUUGUGACUCACUCAAGAGAGAUACACACGAAAACCAUGUAUGGAGCAAACGUAAUCAUUUUUGAAGGUAUUUUAACUUUUCACAACCCGGAGAUUCUUAAAAUGUUGGAUAUGAAGAUCUUCGUCGACACGGAUUCAGAUAUUAGACUAGCGAGACGUCUGAAGCGAGACAUCCAACAGCGUGGUCGUGAUCUGGAAGGCGUUUUGAAACAAUAUUCUACCAUGGUCAAACCGGCAUACAGUAGCUACAUCGCCCCCACCAUGGCUCAUGCAGAUAUAAUUGUGCCAAGAGGUUCCAGCAAUAUGGUGGCCAUCCAGCUUAUCGUUCAACAUGUUCAUACCCAAUUACAACUGCGAGGAUUCAAAUUGCGAGAAACGUUGGCACAUUCUUACAUUGGACAACCAAUGCCGGAUUCCUUGAAACUGUUGUCAAUGACACCACAAGUCAAAGGUUUACACACCUUCAUUCGUAAUGCCAGCACACCUAGGGAUGAGUUCAUAUUCUAUUCGAAGCGUCUAAUCAGACUGGUUUUAGAGUACGCUCUCAGUUUGCUACCGUUUAAGAACGUAGAGGUGGACACUCCACAGGGCGUGCCGUACGAAGGCACAAGGAUGGCGUGUCAGAAGAUUUGUGGCGUAUCCAUUCUACGCGCUGGGGAAACGAUGGAGCAAGCGGUCAGCGAUGUUUGCAAACAUAUUCGGAUUGGAAAAAUUCUCAUACAAACAAACCAACUCACGGGAGAACCUGAGUUGUACUAUUUGCGUCUACCAAAGGACAUCAAAGAUUAUAGGGUCAUAUUAAUGGAUGCCACUGUUGCUACUGGUGCUGCAGCUAUCAUGGCAAUACGCGUUUUGCUCGAUCACGAUGUACCAGAGGAAAAUAUCAUGCUAGUCUCUUUACUGAUGGCCGAAAUCGGCGUGCAUUCUAUAGCUUACGCGUUUCCUAAAGUGCAAAUCGUCACGUCUGCCUUAGAUCCAGAAAUAAAUGAAAAGUUUUAUGUCAUCCCCGGUAUUGGAAAUUUCGGUGACAGAUACUUCGGUACGGAACCAACUGAUACAGAAAUUUUAUAUGAAUAAAUGUUGAACAGGACAUUAGUAUUUGUGAUGCAAAUAA